AAAGACAUAUCCAGUUUGACUAUAUUUUCCAAAAACGACAACUCUGUGUUUUAUUUGUUACAGUGGUAUAACACUUUCACAUUUGCAUAAAUCAUAUUUUCUUCAGGUGAUGGUGAUUCCGUAAUAAUUGUGGAUGGUGUUGAAGAUGGAGGUAACCAGAAAUUAUUUACGUCUGAGGUUGGCACUAUUAAGGUAAUUAAGUAUGGAUGCAGGGUAUUAUACCAAUUGUUUGUUAUUCUUUUUAGUGUGUGACGACCGACAAAGAGAGGACAGAGACUCACAAAAUGCAGAAAGUAAGUGCACCAUUUUAUGAAUAAAUUUUGAUAAUCAAUAAUAAUAAUGAUAAUAAUAUUACGCUAGUCCUCGCUUGAGUUUCUAUAAGAUGGAUAUACUUUAUAAGCGAUCAAUUUACAUUUAUUAAUUGUUGAGAAAAAAAUAUAAUAUUUGUUCUCUUUAGACGCUAACGAUUCCAUAAAAUUCGUUAUUAAUAACGAUAGAAAAGGUAACAGCAUUAUCGUUUGCGCAAUUUUGAUGUGUUUGUGUCAUUUUAGGUAUGCACGCGAAUGUCUCAGUUUAUUGAAAAUGUAGUUUGGAUCAAUUUAUAUCUUGUUGCUUCUAGGAUAUACGACAACUGGUGAUAAUGAGUGUAAGUGCUUCGGAUACAACUCUUCGAAAAUUUUACUGAAAUAUUUGUACAUUAAUCUACCAAGGGAAUGAAGGGGUGGACAAGAAUAACUAUAAAAUUUUUUACGGAAUUUGAAAUGGAUCGUACAUGGAGCAUUUUGUGAAAGUAUUUGAAAAAAGACAAAAACAAACUAAAGGAUAUAAGGAACAAUGUUUCUCAUAGUUAAUCAAAGUUAUGUCGGUUAUUAACCUACUUUUUGAUUCCAGUGACAGAGUGCAACAUUUUUAACAUCGAAAUGAAUCAAUUAUCCGAUAGUACAAUUACCAACUACUUCGGUGAGUACUGUAAUUGAUUAAAAUAAAUGACUCUGUUUUGUCCUUACUACGUACGCUGGCCUUUGGAUGCGGAACUGGUUCUUAUUAAAACAGGAUGACCUAUUUAAAGAGUGCGUUUGCAGUUAGGACAGGUAAAAUAUUGACAAAAGACUGUCGCACUUUCAAAAAAACUGUGUCAUAAGAUGGGACAGGCCUAACUGCGAAAAAGGGCUCUAACCCUUUCAAAAAAGACGCUAAAAAUUUACCUACGUGAAAAAAAUGACGUAAGAUAAAAAUCAAAGUAAAAGGUACCUAGCUAGAUUAAUACAAACCAUACUGUGGUUGUUAACUUUGUCGCCAGAUAUUAAAAAACACCGAACUCACAAACUCCUGUGGGGAUGUCACAAGUUAGCCAUGGCCCGUCAAGCGCAGUGUGUUUAAAAAUGGGCAGUCCGUUUAUAGACGCGUCGUGUCUUAAGUUGGGUCAGAAUAAUUUUAUUUGAGCUCUUAUCAUUGUUUACUUUGAAUUUGUUUUUUUAGAUAAAAAUGACCAGAGAAGAGGUAACAAUUAUAACACACGUAGACUUGACAAAUAAUAGUUUGAAAGUAUAUUAUCUAUGUUACAAGUAUAACAAUGACAUUAUCUAUUUGUUUACUAGCAAACGAAAUUAGCAAGUGUUGUGUAAAUGCUAGUACAAGUGAAAUUUUGGCGAAGUUGAGAGCGCAACCUGAAAAUAAUAUCAUACUGUCCAUGCUGGGUUCUAAAACAAAAAUUCGAACCUACCAACUGAAAGAAACAUUGGAGGAUAGCGUUGGAGACGAUGUUAUAUUCGAGUAUUUGAAGAUAGUGGCAACAAGUAUGAAUGAUAAAAACAUUAAAGUUACUUCGCCCGGAGAAUUGAUAACAGAUGAAACAUAUCUGCCAAAGGGCACGCAAAAUAUCGAAGAACUGAUGGCGCUCGAUCUGUUGAUCUCGUGUAAUGUUCACAACUAUCACUGGACACUAACAGCGGUUUUCCCCAAACAAAAAAUGAUUUCCCAUCUUAAUCCUAUGGGUGAAGAAGUUAGCGCGUUAAAUGGCGUGCUAAAUAAAUGGAAUGCCUAUCUGGAAAGGAAAUACGGGCUAAAGGAAAUAUGGCCUCUGCAAACGAUUCCUCACGCAAAACAACAAGACAGCGUAUCUUGUGGGAUAUUUUGCGCAAAGUUUGCUGAGUGUAUUAUGAGCAAUCAGAAAAUCCCCGUUGAAUUUACCAAAAACGAAGUCAUCGAGUUUCGAAAUGACAUUGUGAGAAAAUUGCUUCAAGAGGGAGAAAAAGAUGAGACCUGGCAUUUAAAGUUUUGCAGACUGUGUGGAUCCCUUGAUGGUCCAAAAAAGAACAAGGGUCAAACAACGGAUCGUUGGGUACAUAUCUAUAUUAUAAUCGCCGACCACCUGUCUCUCUGUAAGCCAACGGUAGCUGUGAUUAGCGAAGGGCGUGGCACUGGCUUGCGACUAGUACACAUAAAUUAAAUAUUUUUUAUUAAAAGUGUGUACAAACUUGUUAAUAUUGGUUUUCCAGUUUUAGUUUACAGUAUUUUCCUUGUAGGUCCGAUGCGACAACUGCAUUCUCCAACGUUGGUAUCACGUUCUUUGCACCAACGUUGUCAUUAAUGAAGAAGGCAACAAUCCGUUUUCGUGUAAAGAUUUAGUCAAUAUUCAUACUUUGGAGACGCCAAAUGCAACUAAGGCACACGUAAGUUGAUUCUAAUGUAAGAUUGUAAAUGUCUCAGCAUUGAUACCUCUCUGAACUGUGAAGCGUCAACUUUGGCUUUAGUUAGUUAUGAUAAGAAACUGAGUUACUUAUUCUUUGGAUUCUCAUAAAUGUGAUACCAUAGUUUGCGAACUUAUGCAAGAAAGUUUUAAAAAAAGUUAUGGUGUCUAAUUUAGGUCCCAGUUACAUUAGCCGAAAAAGGAAUAAUAAAACUCAAGAAACGCACAAAGCGUAUUAAAAAAUGUCAUGGUUGUGGCUUAGAAUUUAAGAGAGAAAUCGUUUACCCCGACAAUUUUUGCCUUGUCACAAUGCUGGAACGCUUAAUCCGUGGGGAAAAGGCUCCAAGUGGUGUGAAAAAAAUGACAACCGUACAUUUUCACGUAAGAAAAGAAUGUUUACGGAAAAAGAAGCUGGAGCCCCGUGUGUUUUUACCGGAUCAUAUCAAUGUGACCGAAGAACAAAAAAAGAUAUAUAAAAAAGACGGCAUAUGUAUGUAAUAUUUGUGUGUUUUUACAAGAAAUUCAUCUUUUUCAUUUACUUAUCUGCGUAACGCUUUGUUAUAUGUUCUUUGUGUUAGAAAUAGAAAAAGCAAUCAUUAAGUAUAGAAAGGGGGUUAAAGAGUUUAUAUUUAUCAGUUCAUUGUCAAUUGUAGAAAGAUCAUUUUAUUCACGGAGUUUGUAUCACCCCUUAAUGAAAAAAGAAAGCUAUGGCCCGAUAAAUAAUAUAUUGUACUGUCGCUAUUUACUAUAUAGCGUAGCUAGGAAAAUCGUUUUGACAAAUUCUAUAUAAUGUUCUAAGGGGGCAGAAUAUUCUACGCCGCUUAGAAUA